AAAAUAAAUUUUAACAUUAUGAGUGUAAAUAUAACUAUUGAACAAAAAGUUGCUUUAGCUAAAGAAGCAGCUAGACUUAAAGAAUUAGUAUCUAACUUAAAAAUUCAAAGAGAUGAUAUACUUAAAAAAAAUGAAGAACUUGACAAAAUCACUAAUGAAUUAGCAAAAAAAAUUAAAGAUACUGCUAAAGAAGAAUGA